AACAUUUUUGUAUAGUUUUAUUUACAGAGAGAACAAAAAAAAGAAGAGGAGGAAGAAGAAGAAGAGGAAGAGAGUUGGUUUCACGUUUGUGGGGUUUUUGUUGUUGCUGUGUGUGUUGUUUUUGAAGAGAUCUCUUUCAGAUCAGAAGCUUAAAGGGUCAUAAAGAUAACCUCGUGAUGGGGAGAGACGUUACAGGUUUACGUUCUGAUAAGAAACCUAGUGUUAAGCCAAAUGGUGUCACCCAUGGUGCAGUUCAUGUUGCCCCCAGAAUCGCCAAGGAAAGGGUUGAAGCAAAGGAGUUUGAGGCAGAGGAUCACACUGCAAAUGGCACACAUGUGGAGGAAUCCCAUGAGAAGCAGGAUGUACUAUCUGUGAAAAGCACCAACUGUGAACCUGACCCGAUUGAGGGAAAAAUUGCGAAGACUGAGGCUGUGAAGUCCAGUGACAAGAAGUUGGGCUCACCAAUGAAUCCUUCAUCUGAUUCUACUGCAGUAACUGAAAGUCCAUCCCCCCCAGUUAUGAAUUCAUCAGGGAAUGAAUCUGAAAAUCAUGGAAAUGGCACUCAGACUGUUGAUGCUGGCUCGAAUUGUUCAUCAAAGUCCAUCGAUCUGCAGUCUCCUAUGACUUCACAAAAAUUGCAUCAAAAUUCUUCCAUGAUGACAAGGAAGUUGCGGAUUCAGGAUGAAGAUGAUAACUGGUCUUUGGCUUCCUCAACUGCAGCUUCUGUGCGGACAGUUAGGUCCAAGGUUACUGUUCCUGUAGCUCCAUCAUUUAAAUGUUCUGAACGCUCAGCGAGACGUCAAGAGUAUUACACAAAGUUAGAGGAAAAGCACAAAGCUCUGGAGGCGGAGAAACAAGAAUAUGCAGCCAGAACAAAGGAAGAGGAAGAGGCAGCAAUUAAACAGCUUAGAAAGGCCAUGUCCUACAGAGCGAAUCCAGUUCCUAAUUUUUACCGUGAAGGGCCACCUCCAAAGGCUGAACUUAAGAAGCUGCCAGUCACUCGUGCCAAAUCACCAAAUCUAACCCGUAGAAAGAGCUGUAGUGAUGCAGUUGGAGCAUCUCCUGAAGAAAAGAAAGCUUCUGCAAAGGGUCGUCACAGCAUUGGUGUUUACAAACAAGGCAGUCCUACCCCACCCACCCCCAAAAGCAAAAAUCGUGUGAGUGGUCGAAUCAGUAAUGGAACUCCUAGAGUCAAAGAACCUACAAAGUUGGUGAAAGCGAAAAAAGAAUCCCCUUUGAAGGAGAUGAAGGAAACUCCAAUUAAGGAGAUAAAGGAAACUCCAAUUAAGGAGAUAAUAAAGGAAACUCCAAUAGCAGAGUCAAAUGGAACUCCAAUGAAAGAGACAGAGGAAGCUCUGGUUAAGGUGACAAACAAAGCUUCUGUCAAGGAGAUAAAGGAAAUUCCCGUCUUAGAGACGAAGGAGGCUUCUGAUACAAUGACAGAGCAAGUGUCUGAAGAAACUGCUGCUCAAUCAUGAUCAUUGAGCAAUUAGUCUUCCUUUUCAUUUCCUUUUUCUUUUUCUUUGUAGUUUAUCAUCGAAUCGAGAUGUUCCAGGCAAGGUCAAAUUGGCCUUCGUCCUUUCUUCUCGGCAAUGACUUGUUGAAGUGAUGCUUUGAAACUGUGUUGUAUAUUAUAUGUAAUUUUCAUUUGGUACAUAUGUUACAUAGAAAGAGACUCCUGUUGAACAUUUUGUUUAUAAACAUAACUUUAAGAACA